GCAAAUACAUUUGUACGAAGCUGAAUCAGGAAAUGAAUGUCCACUCUUCAUUGCAGAUCCCGCCUUCAUUCUUGUUCGAUAAUUUUUCUCGAAAUCUAAAAGCACAACAUAGAUUUAAGCUAGUGUCUUAAGUAGCUGAACAUGUUAUUACUCCAACCAAGUGAUAGAGAGAAAUUACACGUUUUAAUUUUCAUCAAAAACAAAUGCCUUUGAGUUGACAGCUUGCGCAGUUCGGUGCGAGACAACCGUUAACCAGAAGACAUGUCUCUACCCAUGAGUUCAGCCAGACACCAUGUCAACGCCUGGUUUUCUAUUGGAGAAGCAGAUUCAGCCUGUCUUGAUACUGUACUUUCAUUGACUUUGUUUUAUAGAGGAGACGGUAUGCUAUUCGGCCAAAAUGAGAAGUACCAGUACGGCGCUCCGGACAGCACUGGUUACAGGUUGACUAGACAGAUCUAACACAGUGUUGCCAACUCCUCAGUAAUGGAAAGUAGCUAUUGGCGGUUCGUUUUUUCAUUGAUUUUUAUUUGUCACUAGAGGGGUCUGAAUACUCGCUAAAUAUAGCGACAAAAGUCGCUAAGUUGACAACACUGCGAUUCUAGAAUGAGCUUUAUCCAUCUCGAUAGACCAGACUGCCCAGAAGCUCACCGCCCGGAAGCUCAUCACCCGGACCGGAAGCUCACCGCCCGGAAGCUCAUCACCCGGACCGGAAGCUCACCGCCCGUCCACUGUGGACAUGUUGCCAUGGUAACACGUGUGACUAAAAACAUGUCUGCAAAAGCAAAACAAAGCAACAAGUCAGCGGAUAAAAAUGCAAACGAUAGAAAUGACGUUGCGUCCAAAGAAAGUGAUGCUGAAAAAGCCAACCCUCAAUGGAAACUUAUUUCCCAUGAACAAAUCAACACGCUGUUGGAUUUGACAGUGGAACAAGUGCAAUUCCAGUUUGAAGAAAUACUUGGUUUGAAGAACUACCAGACGUGUCUGAAGGAGGCUUCCCUGUUGGACUACUUUGUCUCUGGCUUCUGGUGGACCAGGGAGAUGAACUACACCUGUCAACAGAUCUCAUUCAUCAUGGCUCUACUGCAGUUCUUACUGGACAACAUCAGUGAGAAGCAGAUGCCGUUUGUUGAUAACCUGAAUGAGUUUGCCAAGAUGAUAUCAGGAACGCGCCAGUCUCCUUCUCCAGAGGUCGACUCACUGUUUGAUGCUGAGCAGGCCAUGUCCAUCACUGACUACCUGAAGUGCAGUCUCUUUCAGAACUACCAACUCUAUGAGUUUCUCUUCAGCCAACCUAGAGAGGAGCUGCUCCUUGGGAAGAAGGUGAGACUGCCUGCGUCAUUGUGUCCGUAUGUAUGUUGA